GUUUUUUGGUGACUUUUAAAUUCCUUUCCAAACAUCAAAAUUCAUUCCACUUUCGGAAUCUCCCUCGGAAAGAUAUCAGUUGUUCCUCCCACAACCCGACCAAUAGCCAUAGUUUCCGGACAUCACUGCUUCAAAAAACAAAAGAUGGGUGAUUUCCAAUUCAUCUGUGAAGAGGCGGACAUUGGGCUUGGUAGGAAGACAAAGAAAAAGUUCUCUGAGGAGGGUAUCUUGUCGUUCCAUGAUCUCUUGAAGAAGACGCUCGUGUUGGAUCCCAAGAAUGCUGUCGAGAACGAAUUGUUCAAAGUUGUCGAUUGGUACAAAUGGUUUCAGAGAAGCCAUGGCCGUGCUCCUGUGAUGGGACGAGGUGGAGAUUUUAAUGGUGAUGCCUUCGAUGAUUUCAAGGAGAACAGCAGCACCGUAGAAAUCCCAGUGCCGAGGAAUGCUCUAGGUGAAAUCUAUGGUCUCCUAAGAGAUGACCAACAAAUCAACGACUUGGUCAAACAGAGGGGACUAAUGUCACGUAUCCAAGCAGAAACAGUCAAGGACAUUGAAGCAGCCAUGACACCAGAGCUGAAGAGGGGUGUUGGUACCUUUGACUCUAACAGUUUCUCUCGAAUGGUUGUUGAUAUUGUCUUCCACAACGCAGAACCGAAUCAGCAAAACUCCUUGGCAUUUGUGGUUGGACAAACACAAGUGGGAAAAUCCUCUGUCAAGGCAGUGACAUCUCUGGCCUCCAAUUCCGUGAGAGUCCCAACAGUGAUAGUGACACGUGGAGUCAGUGAGAGCAAAGAGUUGGUCAAGAAACUACGCGGCUUUCUCGACAGAACACCUUUGGCAAGGCAUGUGGUAGGUGUUUCGUCUCCUGACAGGGAUGGGACGCUGAAGAAAGGACCUAGAAAGUUGGAGGAGCUCAAGAAUGCCCUGACCAAGAAUGGAGCCGUUGUACUGGCUGAUACAGCUCACCAAAUGAAAAAAGUCACUGAUGCACUGAAAGCCAACAAAGAUGAGGACCCCAAGUUUGAGUUCUUGCUAGUAGUGGAUGAAUGUGAUGCUGUGUUGUGCCGGACUCCAGACCGCAGAACAAAGAUUGAGCAAGCCUUCGAUAAUCUAGUGGAUUUGAUCCCCCCAAUCCUCACCGUCAUGAUUUCUGCGACCCCCGUGCCUCUCAUGUUGGAGGCUGCCUACCAAGAGCGAUACAAGAAAAUGGGAGAACCUCAAAUGUUCAGCAUUGAGCCUCGUGAAGAAUACUGUGGUAUUAAUGAUAUGGAACUGUUGCAAGAUCACAAUGGUGACACGGUUUUUCUAGACUCCAAAGAGCUGUCCUGGAGCACAUUUUACACUUGCCCAGGUGACUCCCUCCUCAUUGAGAAUGCGGUAGGAGAUCCAUCCAAGAAAGGAGUGCUUCUACUGGAUUGUACAAAUCCCAGAGUGUACGCCCCAGGGAAUGUAAGGGAAAAGGCAAAACACUUUCAGGAAAUGGCAAAGGCUGAGCAUGGAAGGAAGGUAGUUGUGAUGAUCAAAGUUGGACGUGGCAUCGAGGUGCUUGCCCCAUCUUCGGAAAGUGAUGACAAUGAGGAGCCGAGUUGGAUUUGGCAGGACACAAAGUUGGAUGUGGAUGACGUGAUUGGAGAAAUCGAUGACUUACAUGGGCUGGACACACCUGUCUUCUGUUUUGGCUUCUCUAAGAUGUCCCGUGGUUGCUCGUAUAGAAGUGUUCGCCGUGUACCAACCCAUAUGAUCAUCUCGCUGGGACGAGGACACAACAUCAUGAGUUAUGUCCAAGCUCUUGGACGGGCUACCUUCAAUGGAAAGUCCAUCCUCUCCAAGAAUGGAUUCAGUGCUGUCACCGUCCUAACGACCCCCCAAGACUACACGACAGCUGUCAAGGAACUCAGGUUUGUAGAUGAGAUGUUCCGCCGUGUGUGGGAUGGUGAGACAUUCCGACAGGCACUCACUGGAGCAAAAACGAUGAUCCCAGAUGCUGCGAAUUUUUUGCGGAACACCCCACGUGCAGUAAGCCGCUUGAAACGCCAUCGAGAGCAACUUCAGAUAUCCAAAUUUGAAAAACCACCAAAAGAGCUGUCUUUGCCAGAGAAGGUCGUGAGGCAGAAACACUUCACAGACGAGCUUACACAAAAAGUAUUGCGUGUGAUUUGUGAGUGCUCCAAUAAGAAUGCCUCAGCAAUGUGUGCCGAUGACGUAAUGGAGGCUUUCAAUGAUACAUUUCUGGAUGACGAAGUCCAAAUACUCAUGAAAAAGCUCCGCCCAAUUCUGAGGUCAUUGGUGGACGAUGCAGUGAUUCAAAGGUCCGAAAAGUCCAGGCGUGCAAAAACUAUAUGGUACAGUGUUGAUUGUCCGCAUCGUCUCUUGAGGUUCAUGAAUAGGAAGCUGGCUCUGACUAAAGAAGAGGUUGCUGAUGGGGACACGCUGGAACUUGCCAUUGGCAUGGGUGAAGGUGACUCCCUUUCGGAUGUGUCGUCUGAUGACGAUGGCAUCCCCAUGGACGUUGUGGAGGAGAGCCCCCCUAGCAAACGCCCUUCUGUUGAGGCUAUUAGUCAAAGAGGAAGGAGUCAUCCCACAACCCUGCCAGUUCAGAACGUGGCAACAGCAGCUGGAAACAACCCACAGCAGUUCGACCAAGAACCUGCUGGUGGGUCGGAGGAUCCCCAAGAAGAGGAGGAGGAGGUGUCUCCAUCCAACAACUAGAUGCAUCCCUCUGGAACUCAUUACAUCGACCACGAUUCCAUUUGAUCAUGUAGCGUAGUUUGUUUUGCAAAGGUCUUGUCAAGAUCUGGAUAUUUGCAGUACUGGGUUUGCUAUGGAUUGGAGAGAGCUAAGAUGAGGAUGGGGACAGAGCUCGAGAUCUGCAGGGUUCGGAAACAGGUCUUAAAUCACGCAACUAUUUUCACGCAGACCUGCGUGAAACUAACGGCUAGUUUCACGCAGGAUACUAGUUUCACGCAGACCUGCGUGA